AUGGGCCAUUUCACUCAAGAUGAGCUAAAUAACUUUGAUCUGAAGAGUUUCAUCAAGAAGCAUCUACUAUCGGGUCCUAAACAGAUGGAUUACCAGGCGAAAGAUCUGUUCAUAAUCCUCGAUAAAGCAAAAAGCGUUUUCCAAAGUAGCGAAACUCUCAUAGAAUUGGAUGGGCCAGUUAACGUUUGUGGUGAUAUCCAUGGGCAGUAUGGAGAUUUGAUGCGUAUAUUCAAGGCAUGUGGAUUGCCUUUCCAAUCCAAAUUUCUGUUUCUCGGUGAUUACGUAGACAGAGGAAGACACUCUUUAGAAGUCAUAACCCUAUUACUCUGUUGUCGCAUUCAGUUUCCAAAUAAGGUUCAUCUUUUACGAGGAAACCACGAGCUUCAGCAUAUCAACAAAAUAUAUGGCUUCUGGGAGGAAUGUGAAGAUCGUUUCCGAGAGACCGGAGACGCUAAAGCUUUAUACGAUGAGUUUAAUGAAGUAUUUGCCCUGAUGCCCCUGGCAGCCCUUAUAUCAACGAAAAUUCUAUGCAUGCAUGGAGGGUUAUCUCCUGAGUUGAAAUCGUUGGAUGAUAUCAGACGUAUAAACAGACCACUACAUACAGUUCAAGGCUUGGCACAAGACUUACUUUGGUCGGAUCCGGAUCCAACCAUCUCAGGGUUUCAGACAAACCUCUGUCGUUCCGUGUCAUACACUUUUGGAGAAGAUGUAGUCACUGAAAAAUGUAAAGAACUCGAUUUGAAUUUAAUGAUCAGAGCUCAUCAGGUUGUUGAGUUUGGAUACAGUCUCUUCGCCAACAAAUUAUUGAUCACCGUUUUCUCAGCUGCCCGUUAUCAUGACGGACUUAGAAACUACGCAGCGAUUGUUCAGAUUAAUGAAAACUUGGAAGUUUCAUUCAUCCAACUGAAGCCAGAAGAGUACGAUGCAGAACGUUUAGGAGCAGUGGGUGGUAUCGAGACAGCGGAUGCUGCUCCUUGA